UGCACCCUCGUCAGAAAGAAACUCUUGUGGGAGAAACGAUCUGCAGCGCAAUACCGAGAAAACAUCACUCUGGUCACAGGAGAUUAUUGAGCUGUCUGCCGUCUCGGCAGAGUGGGAAGUAACAGGAUCAGGGAAAGAGGUUUGGGCAGCAGAGUUGCCCAGAAGGAAAAAGGGGCGAGAAGGAUCAGGGGAAUUGGGGUGUGUGAGUUCAGGAAAGAAGGCUGAGCUGUUGCUUUAGGUGAAGAAGUCAUGUCUGGGAGCUGGGAAUCGGAGGAUGCAAACAAGUUUAACGACAUUGUUCGUUACUUUUCCAAAGAAGAGUGGGCAGAGCUGAGUGACUGGGAGAAACUCCGCUACAAGAAUGUGAAGCGGAACUAUGAAGCCAUGCUCGCCAUUGGACUGAAUGUACCAAAGCCAGAAUUCAUGGGACGGCGAAGCAGAGGGUGUCAGCCCCAUUUAUAUGAAUCAAGUGGUUCAGAUGAGGAGCGGAUGCCUAAUCUUUCCAAAAAGUCACAAAGUCACACCCCAUUCAGACAAAGACAAACGUGAAGAUUUGAGUGAAGUCACUGAGGAACAUGGCUCAAUGAAGGAAGAUCCCAUUUUCGUGAAACAAAUCAAAAGAGCAGCAGAUUCAGCAGGGUCACAGCCUCAGGGAAGAAGCUCUUCCUCUGCCUGCUGGUGCGGGAACGGAGACUCCUGUACUGCCUACCGGAUGGGAGCUGUCUCCACCAAAAAUAUGUUUGGAUCAACAAAUGAUAAGUCAACCAAAGUGUCUGAGAAAAGACAAUAUGAUUUACGAAAGAAAGAGAAGAAAAAUUACAUUGAGGAACAAGAGCUUCGUGAUGACGACUACCUUUUUUGUGAAGCCUGCGAGACGUUUUUUAUUGAAGAAUGCCCUGUGCAUGGUCCACCCAUCUUUAUGAAGGACACUGUUGUGGAUUUCAAUCAACCAGACAGAGCACGUUUAACUCUUCCUGAGGGUCUCUACAUAGCCCCAUCAAAAAUUCAGAAAGCUGGUCUGGGUGUCUGGAAUGAAGGGAAGCUUAUUCCCAGGGGUGUUCAUUUUGGACCAUAUGAAGGGGAGGUUUCUAGUGAAGAAGCAGCUGCUGUCAGUGGAUAUUCAUGGGUGAUCAGCAAGGCAAACAAUAACCUUGAGUACAUAGAUGCCCAGGAUGAAGCGAAAUCAAACUGGAUGAGGUUUGUGAACUGUGCCAGAAAGGAGGAGGAACAGAACCUGGUUGCCUUCCAGCACUGUGAAAACAUUUACUACAGGACGUGUAAGCCAGUUCCUGCUCACUGUGAGUUACUGGUCUGGUACGGUGAUGAUUAUGCCAAGGAGCUGGGAAUCACUUGGACCUCCAUGUGGAUGUCAAAUCAGGAAGCAAAAUUAUCACAUCAAGUGACCCAGAGUGACUGUUAUCCUUGCCCUCCCUGCAACAUUGCAUUUACCACAACAGAUUUCCUUAAACGGCAUUUGAGACGACACGCUGCAGCGUCCAGACCAACAUCAACUGGAGAACCAUCGUCCUCCAAUGUAAACCAAGAUGGUCAGAGUCCAAUGUCGAAACGUAGGCAGGAUCCAUUCACACUAUCCGAUAGAAAGAGGACAUUUGCCAAGUCAGAUUACCCUCAAGUUGGCAAAAAGGAGAGACAGCAUGAAUGUCCGGACUGUGGGAAGAGUUUCACACAGGCAGGGAGCCUCCACCAACACCAGCGGACCCACACCGGAGAGAGGCCGUAUAAAUGUUCCGAAUGUGGGAAGAGUUUCACAGUGUCAGGCCAUCUCCACCAACACCAGCGGACCCACACCGGAGAGAGGCCGUAUAAAUGUUCCGAAUGUGGGAAGAGUUUCACACAGGCAGGGCACCUCCAUCAACACCAGCGGACCCACACCGGAGAGAGGCCGUAUAAAUGUUCCGAAUGUGGGAAGGGUUUCACACAGGCAGGGCACCUCCACCUACACCAGCGGACCCACACCGGAGAGAGGCCGUAUAAAUGUUCCGAAUGUGGGAAGAGUUUCACACGGGCAGGAAACCUCCAUCAACACCAGCUGACCCACACCGGAGAGAGAUCGUAUAAAUGUUCCGAAUGUGGGAAGAGUUUCACACGGGCAGGAAACUUCCAUCAACACCAGCUGACCCACACCGGAGAGAGGCCGUAUAAAUGUUCCGAAUGUGGGAAGCGUUUCACACAGGCAGGAAACCUCCACCGACACCAGCGGACCCACACCGGAGAGAGGCCGUAUAAAUGUUCCGAAUGUGGGAAGAGUUUCACGGUGCCAGGGGACCUCCACCGACACCAGCGGACCCACACCGGAGAGAGGCCGUAUAAAUGUUCCGAAUGUGGGAAGAAUUUCACACGGGCAGGAAACCUCCACCGUCACCAGCGGACCCACACCGGAGAGAGGCCGUAUAAAUGUUCCGAAUGUGGGAUGGGUUUCACAGAAUCAGGGAGCCUCCAGCAACACCAGCGGACCCACACCGGAGAGAGGCCGUAUAAAUGUUCCGAAUGUGGGAAGAGCUUUGCUCAUCUUCACCAGCAGAAAUCUCACACUUGUGUUGAAACUUGUCACACGUGUGGGAAUGUCUUCAGGGAUUCAUCAGCUUUCACAAUUCGUGUGAGAAGUUGUAUCGAACAAUAACGAACACAACGGUAAUUAAUUCCGUAUUUAUUAAAGUUCAGUGAAUCUUUCUAAAUGACCGUGAAUAGUUUUUUUUCUCAAAUUGUAUUUUUUUACUUAUACGUCCCGUAUUUUACUCUUUUUGUUGAUGUAUUUAUGUGAAGUUUUGGGCCCCGUCGUUUUCCACAACCUGCGUGAGUUGGAAUUUGAGGGGCGAUAUCACUGGUGCAUGUUCCACCCACUCUGUCAAGGCAGCAUCUUCCGACUGGGAAAAGCACUGCCCCACUGUGAAUUUAAUGUAUUUAACAGAUGUUUCAGGGAUGAAACAAGUUUAAUUCGUAUCGUUGUGCACUGUACGUUUUUAAAAUAUUGCCGAGUAAAAUUCUUG